CGGACAAACCAACCACGUUUGGGGCGUUUAUGCGCUCAGCAGGGAGAAAGAGGAGGGGCGACCUUACCGACCAGACUCUCCUACACUACGUAUCGACUGUAUGCUUAUGGGGGAAUUACGAGACAGCUAUGACUUUGAAAGCAUGGCUGCUUCAGAAAACCCGGAAUAUGUUGCCAUGGAGCAGUCGGUGCGCUUACGCGUGCUGCCUAUAUUAACCGAUUUAUACCAGUUUACUAUGGCUUACUCCUACUGGCGCUCUGGUCGACACAACGAGCAUGCUGUUUUCGAGUUGUUCUUCCGAGAUAACCCAUUUAGUGGCGGUUUCUCCCUCUUUGCUGGACUGACCGACUGUCUGCUGUUCUUGCGCAACUUUCGUUUCUCUGAAGAAGAUGUAGCCUAUCUACAGACAGUACUUCCUCCCGACACCGAUCCUGCCUUCUUCUCCUUUUUGAAAACUCUGGACUGCUCCGGUGUCUCUAUAUCUUCAGUUCCUGAGGGGACCACUGUUUUCGCAAGGGUUCCUCUGCUAGAGGUGUCAGGUCCUCUAGCUGUUGUCCAGCUCCUGGAGACAAGCCUGCUGUGUUUGGUCAACUAUGCCAGUUUGGUUUGCACUAAUGCUGCACGUUUUCGGCUGGCUGCGGGCUCUAAGAUGAAGCUGACAGAGCUGGGCCUCAGAAGAGCUCAGGGGCCAGACGGAGGUCUCUCCGCUUCAAGAUACUCCCACAUUGGAGGUUUCGACGCAACCUCAAAUGUUAUGGCUGGGCGUCUCUUUGGUGUGCCAGUGUCUGGAACUAUGGCCCAUUCCUAUGUCACCUCGUUCUCCUCUUUAGAAGAGGUGAUGCCACGGGUGAUGAAGCCAUCUGGAGGUGGUGAAGAAGUUGACUUUGUCACCUUGGCACUUGGUUGGCUGAGGCGUGUAUGUGACCUACUAGGAGUAAAGGCUGAGAACGUACAUGAGGGCGAGCUCGCUGCUUUUCUCUCUUAUGCUGUUGCUUAUCCUCGGAAUUUUCUGCCUGUGAUUGAUACGUACAGUGUUAAAAGCUGUGGUCUGCCAUGUUUUUGUGCUGUGGCGCUGUCUCUGUUUGAGCUGGGGUAUCAGCCAUUGGGAAUUCGGCUGGACAGUGGGGAUCUUCACCGGCUGUCACUGGAGGUGCGCUCGGUUUUCUCUGCGUGUAGUACACAUUUCGGAGUUGAAAAGUUCCUGUCCUUAAUCAUUGUUGGUACCAAUGGUGUGGAUGAGCAGAGUCUACGUGAUCUAAAAGAAAAAAAAAGUGAAAUUGACGUAAUGGGCGUCGGGACGCAUCUGGUCACCUGCACCCAUCAGCCGUCUCUUGGAUGUGUCUACAAGCUAGUAGAGGUCAGUGGUCAACCCAAGAUGAAGUUCAGUGAGGAUUCUGAAAAAACGACUCUUCCUGGCAGGAAAAAUGUGUACAGGCUAUUGGACUCUGAGGGCCGUCCAUGUCUUGAUCUGCUGUGCCUAUCAAAUGAGCCUCCCCCUGCUGUUGGCACAUCAAUACAGUGCUAUUUGUUAACACGUGGGAACGCUUCACAUUGUGUUACGCCUCAUCAAGUGUCGUCAAUACGGCAGAACUUUUUCUCCAGUGGUCAGAUCACCUCUCCUCUUAGUUCUGUGGCGGAAAGCAGAGUCAGAGCACAAAAGUCCAUCCACUCCCUGCACCCUGGACACAAAUGCCUCAAAAAGCCAGAUACAUAUGUGGUCGCAAUGUCUGAGAAGCUCUACCUCCUCCUGUGUGAUGUCAGAGCCAAGAACACCACUUCCAGCAACUUCCUGUGCAAUGGAUAUGAAACACAACAAAACAGCUAAAUGAAGUACUUUGUGGCAAAUGCAGUCUAAUAUUUAGGGUGUUGGUCUUGGAAUCAGAAGUUUGCAGGUUUGAAUCCUGUACCCGUAGGAGCUAGAUUGCAUUCUCUCAGGAAAUGCGAAGUGUGCUUGCUUGUGCCAAAAGUUAGAAUGUUUUGCAUAAAAGAAGCAUUUUACAAAGUUUUGCUGACUAACUUCAGCGACUGUAUAUAGCACUGAGAACCGUCAAUAACUUAACAUUUUAAUGUAAUUGGCACUGUGAGCAUAGACAGUGUUGUUAGCAUGUCUUACUUUGCCUGUGUAGCAUAAUUGUUAGAAUUUUCAACCUAAGGCUUUCGCUUUCAAUUAGCUUCGGAAGCAUACCUGAUUAACAUGGAAAACUGAAACUACAGUUUCAUAAAUUUCUUACCAUAACCUAACAAUUUAGCAAAUUUAGAAUUGAUAGUACAAUUAGCAUUUUUAGAAUGCAUAGCCUACCGGAGACUUUUUUACCUAAGAGGAGAUGGAGCACUGAAGAAAUUGCUCACAGAAAUGAAUGGGGACAGUUUGUAACGCCAGUAUGAUGGGUGUCUGUAAAUAUCCCACAUGUUUUGCUACAAACAGCCAAUCAUUAUGCCGAACUAAACAAACAGCGCUCCACUGUUUUCUCAUGUUGUUAUAGAAUUACUAUGCCUAUGCAAUGUCAAAAUAGCCUGUGUCAAAAGGGGCUUUAAAAGUUUUCAUUUGAUUCACAAGAGGCAACAAAACACACUAGUGUAAUCAUCAUUUCAUGGUGGUUUAAACCAUAUGAUUUUUGCGACCGUUUGUUAGUCCUUAACUCAAGUGGGUCCUUAACUCAUGUUUCCCCCUUUAUUUUGAGAAGGUCUGGCCUUACUAAUUUGGAAUAGAUGCCCGAAAGUGUCACCAAGAUGGCCACCGAGUGAAAUAACUUCGUAAGAAUAACUUUGUGCAUACUACUAACUGGCAUAAGCUAAAUAACACUAGUAAUAUAUAGUUCCUUACCAAACAUUUUAACAAAGAUAUUAAGCAAAAUUUACAUUGUUAGUAUAAUUAACACAGUCAUCAUUCAUGCGAGCCUAACUCUAUACAAGAAAACAUUAAAAACUGCUUAAGCUGAAAACAGCUAAAAUGUCGGGUUUUACUGUAUAUGUGAAGUUAAAACAAUUCCCUCCCCCAACCUGCAGGCCUACUUCCGUCCUCCAAAAUCUACCAUAAGUUUUGUACAUUAACUCAAUCUAAAUAGGCUACCGAGUGUAACUGCAGUCUACAUUAAAGGAUAAAUGCACUCAUUAUUUUGAACAUUUAGUCCCUUUUCUGAGUUGUCUGCAAUAAAGUAGAGUGGUCCUCAUCAUGUUUUGAUAUUUUCUGCUGCUGUCUCCGUUACUUGAAUAAUUUGAAUUUCUCAACCAGCUUUUGAAUGGCCGUCUAUGGGCAUGCCCAUAUCUGAAUUGAAUCCCCUGCCACGUAAUAUUACACACUGUGUAUUUACAUAUCUAAUGCACUUCCUGUGUGAUUUUGGUAUCUCUGUGAUGAACAGACAUGUCCAUAGACGGCCAGGCUAAAGCUGAUUGAGAGAAAUCCAAAUAUGCCAAAUAAACGCCUUUAUUCGAUAGGACAGUGAAGAUGGUGACGAGAAGUGAAUGGGGAGAGAGAGACGGGGAAGGGCUGGCAAAGAACUCGGGCCGGAAUCGAACCUGGGUCAGCCGUGUAGCAGAUGAGUGCCCCACCGUUAACUGGUAGGGCCAGGACAUAGCUUUAAUUAUAAUGGUCAGCAUAGAUAUUAUUAGUGUAGCAUUAUUUCUUCACAUUCUAUUGACGUGAAUAGUUGACUUUUGUAUGCAUUACACUUCAAAUGGCACGUCAUGCUUAGGGCCGUUAAUUAUCCAUACUCUAGUUGCUAGAGUGAAGCUCUACAUUGUCAAACAAUGGGAGUGUGCCAAUAUUGCCCAGGUCCUAUGUCCUCAUCGCCAGACUGUCAAUGGCAACAGGUUAAUAACAAUAAUGUGCCUCACUACUAGCAGCUAACACUAUAGCUGUGGACGGAGUUAUUUAGGCCUGCUGUAUAUACAAUCAAUAUUUUUGUAAUAACUUGUAAUAACUGGAGAACAGGGAUUUAGACUGACUGUAGAUCAUAGGACCUUGGGAGAAAGGAUGACCUUGAAAUACUGUCAAACCUUAAUAGCCUAAACAUUCCACCCUUUAUUGCAGACAACAUAACUGUAACCGCCAAAUGAGAAGAGGAAGGGUUAAUCCAAAUAUGAUAAACCAUGGCCACUGUCAAAAGUGUUUAGUUGUAGGCAACUGGACAUGUAGUUUGAAGCUGCUUUGUCUGCUGUUCUGUCAGACUUUGUCAGUUCGAAGUCAGAUGUGGAGAUCAAAGGAAUUUAACUCUGCAGAGUGUUAAACCAACCCAGUUCCAGAUGACAAAUGUCAAGAUGUACCAGUCACCUACAACUAAGCUCCUCUGACUAAGAUGCAUGAAUGAGAAUCUUAAUAGACAUGUCAACGCUGGGCUGACCGUUUUAAGAGUUUUAGAGGAACAGUGCCUUUAUCUCAAAGGCCUUUAUAUCAAAAGUGCCUUUAUCUUAAGUAGCAGAGGCAAAUGUUCAAUAAUCAAAAUAAAUCGUGACUCUGACUAUGCCUUUGGAGAACAAUAAGAGUCCCUUGCUUUGCAAGUACAUUUAAUGAAUGAUGGGAGAACAAGGAGUGUGCCUUAAGUCUAUUCAGUAUUCUAAGUCACAAUUCAAUCAUGUACAUCUGAGAUACUCUGCUGUUCCCUGCUGAUACUCUGCUAUUCUCCUUCCUACCUUAAUAAGUCUACAUUGCAGUGCAAGCACACUGUAUAAACACCACUUAAUAAAGAACAACAAGUGUGCCCUGCAUAUCAGAGUAGGUAGUUUCCUACACCCUCAUCAAUGGCUGAAGUGCCCUUGAGCAAGGCACCUAAAUGUACGUUGCUCAAGGGACUGUAGCCAAUGUUCCUAUGACUUUGUACCAUAAUAACGGCUAAAUAACUUGGCUAAAAGAACAUGCAAUAUAAUGUACUGCAAUGUUUCUUACAACCAGUCUUUACGCACAAGAACACUAAAAGAAUGUUUGAGGUAAUCUAGAGUACGCCCUUCUGGCACAUGCAUACUGUACAAUUUUGUUAGCCAUGCUAUGUAAAAAAACCCUUUGCGUUUAGAAAACAGAAAAAACCCUGUUUGGAACCAUGCUACCUCAGCGGUGGUAAAAGUGCAUUUCGGUGUACCAAGUGAUCUAUACUUGUUUUGCAGGAACUAUUGUUGAUUGUUCAGGUUUGCUCAAGUGCCUGGUGGGAGUCAAUGAUAUAGUCUGAAUUUACCUUAUAACUAAGUGGAAUUAUUAAUUCUUAAAACUAAUAACAGGCUUUUGCAUGACCUGCAUUAUUUUAAUGUGCCUUAAAGGUUGUCUUGUCUCUUUUGUUUCACUUCCCCCCCCCAAAAAAAAUAAAGGUUAGAACUACUGCUCUGAUGUCUGUAAAGGGUAUUGUAAAUUGUCAACUUAUCCACAUCCAUCGAUAAUUUAACAGACGUCUAGAUUUGAUCCAUCAUCCGUGUAUCAGGUGGUCCUAAUGGUUUGGUUUAGCAUGGUUUGUAAGCCACCCUGAAAAAAAAGUUUGUUGGAUUUACUGAAUUCUGUUGUGCACAUUGGUUGCACACAAAUGCAACAAAUUACACACAUAUUAAACAAUUGAGUUAUAUUAAA